AUUGACGGCGGACCUGAAAUGACGCCUAAUAUUUAUCACCGCGCUCCACUUACCGACUCCCUUGAAAUAUUAGGAGAUGCUCAUUCCUUUCCAUUCCAUUCUAUUAGGAUUCAUCGCCCUUGUCGUCGGGCUAAGUCUCAUCAUUUUGAUAUCAUGUAUUUCUAUCUUCAUUAUCACCCACGCCCAGUGCGCAGUCAUCGUGGUCGUCGAAAAUCAAGAGCGUCUUUGGAGGCAAAUCAGGUAGCGACAAUGGGUUGA